AUGAAUCCUUAUGGUGCGACGAGCGUGACGGAAGAAGACGGCGGGCAAAAUAUUCAGGAACCAUCUCUCGCUGUUGACAAUAACAAUGAUGCAACAAUUCCAAAUCUCGCACACCGAGGGAACGGGGACAAUGAUUCUGGAACGUGGACUGAACUCACUGAGGAUGAUAUUAGCUACUGGACAAACGAGGGACCACAAAAAUAUCAACACCACUCUAGUUCGUUGGAAAACUCGCGGAGAGUUUUCCAAGAUGGAAAACAAACAAGAUUCUGCUUUCGCAAUAUUUUUAAUGGUACCAAGGCCAACGGUAAAGAAACGGAAAAGUAUACUCAAGAAUGGCUGCUGUAUUCUCCGUCAAAGGACUAUGUGUAUUGUUUCGUUUGUAAACUUUUUUCAUCUAAUGUUUCGUCGCGGUUGGUAUCAGGAUUCAGUGAUUAG